AUAGUCUCUACGUUGAUUCUGCUUCUCGUCCUGAUGAUUAUGAUCUUCCUUCGAAAGAAAAUAUAUUUUGCUAGCAAUGUUAUUGGAGAGGCGAGCAAGGCCAUUGGCCACAUGCCAUUUACCCUCUUUUGGCCAAUCUUCCCAUUCGCUUUUAUCCUUGGAACGUUUGCCCUGUGGCUUUUUGUUGACCUCAAUCUUCGAUCGAUAGCAACAGCUGAGGGCGUCUACCUCAAUAAAACCGCGGCUGAAUCACCGGCCUAUACCCCGUGGUUGCAAAUCUUCAAUUUUGCAGCGUGUCUUUGGCUCAUCAAUUACAUCAUUGCUGUCGAUCAGUUGACUCUCGCGGGAGCCUUCGCCACGUUCUACUUCUCUCAAAGUAAAAAGCGCCGUCGUGAUGGCUCGAGUCCUUGCUACUUCUGCGGAGUCUUUUUGAUCUUUGGAACUUGUGCCAGUGCCAUAAUCUUCCACUCUGGUUCAUUGGCAUUUGGCUCGCUUCUCAUCACUCUUUUGUGGAUUUUGAGGGCAAUUCUACUGAAGAUUGAGAGACGUCUUAAGCUGGCAGACAAUGAGAUUGCUAAAUUCUUUAUAAAGUGUCUCUGUUGCUGUUUCUGGUGCUUGGAUAAGUUCCUUCGAUUCCUGAACAAAAAUGCCUAUAUUAUGAUGGCAAUAUACGGACAUGGAUUUUGUCGGUCGGCGAGAGAUGUGUUCAGUCUCAUAGUACGAAAUGUGGUCAGAUGCUGGGAUUCUGACAAACGCUUCCGGCAUUCGCUUCCCGUUGUUGGUGUCUCUGUGACUUGUCUAUCAUCAUCAUCAGCAGCAGCAGGGGAUCACACGCUGUGUUAUUCCAGUUGGGAUUUAGAUAAUCGCAGCAGCUAUUGAGUCUUCGUGGUGGAGGCAAUUACUGACUUCGUUCUGUUUGUGGGAAAAUUGGCUGUCAGUGUUGCUGUCUCAUUCUUUGCUUACGCGUAUCUGAGUGGAGUGAUCUCAGAUCGUUUUGCCAUCGUCCCGGAUCCGACUAUUCACCUUAAUUACAUCGUUGUGCCCAUCCUGGUUAUCGGUCUGGGCUCCUUCUUCGUGGCCAAGGCGUUCUUCACAGUCUAUGAGAUGGGUAUUGAUACCAUCUUUAUCUGUGUCUGUGAAGAUUUGGAGCGCAACGACGGAAGUGAAGAGAAGCCCUACUUGAUGAGUAAAUCACUGAUGCAGACGCUGAAAAAGCCCGAAGUGGAAGAAUGA